AUGUCAAAACCCCAACCUCAACCCCAAGCCGAACCACCAGACCUCACCCCAGCCUACCGCACCUUCCAACACUACACCGCGCUCGGCUUCCUCUUGGGCGCACCCGUCCUCGUCGCCCUCCCACCCCGCAAACUCGACUUCUACACCUUCGCCCUCGGCUCGAGCUGGGCACUCGAGGAGGAGGAGGAGGAGGAGGAGGAGGAGGAGGAGGAGGAGGAGGAGGAGGAGGAGGAGGAGGAGGAGGAGGAGGAGGAGGAGGAGGAGGAGGAGGAGGAGGAGGAGGAGGAGGAGGAGGAGGAGGAGGAGGAGGAGGAGGAGGAGGAGGAGGAGGAGGAGGAGGAGGAGGAGGAGGAGGAGGAGGAGGAGGAGGAGGAGGAGAGUGGAGAUGGGAGGCCGUUAUCUGGGAUAAAGAAAGGUUUGGAGAAGGUGUGGAUGGGGAAUGAGAAGCCGGGAUGGAAGGAGCGGCGGCUGGCGGAGGAGCAGGAGAAGAUUUCUCAGGGGGAGGGGUAUGGAGGCAUGAUUAUGGAUCAGAUUUGGGAGGUUUGGAAUUGGGGGAAGGAAAGGGGGGAAGAAUUGGAAAGGAAGGAUGAGGAUGUGGUGAGGGACAGAAGGAGGAGGGAGGAGUUCCCCGUGAUUGGGAAGGAUGCGGGAUGA